AUGCAACGAAAAGCUCUCAAACAGCUGGGCAAAGUUACACAAUGGACAAACGAAAAGGUAUUCUCAGGAGAGAAGACUAAUCUCUCGUCAGAGUUUACAGAUUUCGAAAAAGAGAUUGAUGUUAGAAGGCUCGGUAUUGAACGAUUACAUGCAACGUCACUCCCAUUCUAUGGUCAACUCACAAAAGUGAAACCUACAUCUGAUCCUUAUCCACCUCCUGGUUCAGGGAAAGAUAAGAUCACUUAUACAGAAGCCUUGGGUUUGGUUAUGAUUGAUUAUGGCGAUGAGAUAGGUGAAGAAUAUGGUGAUGGAUUAUCGAAAUACGGUAGAGCAAGAUGUCGUCUUGCAGCUGCCCAAGAAGAUUUCAGUGCGAGGUUGGGUGAUGGUUACAUAGCUGGGAUGGAGGCGGCCUUAGGAGCUGUCAACGACUAUAAAGGAUUAAGGAAAAAGCUCGAUUCUCGAAGACUGGCCCUCGACGCAGCUAUUUCUAAAGCUCAGAAUAGUAAGAAGGACCAAUACGCUCUAGAAGAAGAAAUAAAUAUUGCCAAAGCCAGAUUUGAGGAGGUUGAAGAAGAAACUCAUCAGAGAAUGAUUGCUAUUCAAGAGACCGAAGAGAGACAAAUUAGCGAUUUGAAAGAUCUCUUAGAAGCUGAAUUGGACUAUCACAGUAAAUGUCAUGAUAUCCUGAACGACCUGAAAGGCUCUUGGGGAGGAAGCGGAAGCCGAUCUGUAACGACUCGUGCGCGAUCAAACACCGCUACUUCAUCUCGAUCUUUAGGUCGAACCGCUGUCACACGAUCACAUACCUCCCGACAUGGACUACCUCAAUCUUCGGAUGAUGAAGGUGCCGUAUCAGCCAAUCGAUCUAGAUCACAUAGCAAUGCUUCAAGUACAGGUAAAUCAAAAGAAAAGAAAUCCAUCUUACCUUCUUUCGGAUCAUUCGGAAAGAAAUCAGUCCUUGGCGGUUCAUCAUCUCAUAAGAAAAAGCCCUCAUAUGGGAAAGACAAAUUCAACGAUUCAAGAACUGCUUUACAUUCAGAAGAGGAAGAAGAGGACGAAGAUGACUAUGGAGAGGACACAUAUGGUAGAGCAAGAAGUACAUCCCAACUUUCAGCCUCAAGCUCACUUCGACAAGAUUCAUAUAAUCCACCUCCGGCUUUAAGAAGGGCCAUGACAUCUCCACCUACACCCACUGCUAGAUAUGCCGACCCCAAUGCCAACUAUGUCAAAGCUUUGUACGACUAUCCCGGUUCUCAAAAAGACGAAUUACCCCUUCGAGUGGGACUGGUCAUUCGAGUCACGACUCAGGUUUCAGAUGAUUGGUGGAUAGGUGAAUGUGAUGGACAAACCGGACUUUUCCCAAGGGCGUACACUGAGGAAUAUACUCCUUCACCUCAGACCGCCGUUCCUCCUCCUAUGCCCGCUAGAAGAAUGCUUCCUCCUACCUCGACGACCCCAUCAUCAACAGCAGGUCCAAGAUCAAUGCCCCCUCCACCAGGAUCUACGCGUGUACCAGCACCACAACCUCAUCUACCACCGUCGCCUGUGUUAGGAUACGGAGAAUCAGACCUUGAUUCUGAACUGGAAGACACACACGGUUUCUCGGAUACAGAUCAAAACUUUACUGCUUCUUUAGCAGCUGAAGCUCGUCCAGUAGCCAUUACAAGGGAAAGAUCGAAUACUAUAGGUAAAAAAGCACCCCCUCCACCGCCAUCACGAAGGUCACAAUCUUCCAACAAUCUAUUAUCAAUUGGAUCAUUAGGUAAUUCACCAUCAAUCGGAAUAGGAUCCAAUACCCUUUCUCCACCUAUACCUGCGUUUGGCAGAAAUAGAUCUGGAACUGCAACAGCAUCAUCGUCAGCAAAAGUGGCAAGUCCAUUUGCAGGUUCGGAAGAUGAAGAAGAUGAUCAUCAUGAUGAUGAUCACGCAUACAAUGGGAACUCGAACGCGAUAUCUAGUAAUGGGAUAAGUCAUGGACUCUCUUCGAUGCAUCUCGCUAAACAAGCGAGUGCAAGUGGAGACGAAUCGAUCCAUGGACAAUGUGGAAUUUGUGGCUGUGAAGAUUUCACUCAAAAUGUCUUCAAGAGUAAAGGAACUUGUUCGACAUGUUUCCAUCCUCACUAG